AUGGCGGAAUACUGGACCAUUGCUUUGCUGGGAUGCCUGUCCAUUCCAUAUAGCAUAUGUGCCUCUGUAGAGUUAUCAGCUGUAAAACCUUCUGUACUUGAUGGAAAUGUAAGCAGUCUGCCAUAUUCUCAGCCAAAUCACAGUGCCAGUUCUGGACAUCACUCCUCAGAGGGACUGAGCCUGUUUGUUAUGGACUACUCUCAUGUAAAGGCUCCUUUUGAAAUUGUAAUGUGGAUCAUGCUGGCAUCCCUGGCCAAAUUAGGGUUUCAUCUAUAUGGCCGUCUGCCAGCAGUGGUGCCAGAGAGCUGCCUGCUUAUCUUAGUGGGUCUGUUGGUUGGUGGAGCAAUGUAUAAGGUAUGGCAGCAGCCUCCACCGGUCUUAAGCACAGACGUCUUCUUCUUGUUCUUGCUUCCUCCAAUUGUACUAGAUGCAGGUUAUUUCCUUCCCAUCCGCAUUUUUUUUGACAACCUGGGUAGCAUACUGUGUUAUGCAGUGCUGGGUACCUUCUGGAAUGUCUUUGGAAUUGGAGUGUCACUCUAUGGAAUCUGCCAGGUUCAGUCAUUCAAGUUAAGUGACGUGUCACUCCUGCAAACCCUCCUCUUUGGGAGCCUCAUUGCCGCCGUGGACCCAGUUGCUGUUCUUUCUGUUUUUGAAGAAAUCCAUGUGAAUGAGCAGCUCCAUAUCCUGGUUUUUGGAGAAUCACUUCUGAACGAUGCUGUGACAGUGGUCCUCUACAAACUGUUCAAAGCAUUUUGUAAGAUGCAGGUCAUCUCAUUGGAGGAUGUGCUGGUGGGGAUCAGUCAAUUCUUUAUUGUAGGAUUUGGAGGAGUAGCAGUUGGCAUUUUUUUUGGACUUAUUACAGCUCUAACAACUCGCUUCACAGGAAAGAUCCAGGUGAUCGAGCCUCUGUUUGUCUUCCUAUACAGUUACCUGUCCUACCUAACUUCAGAAGUCUUCCACUAUUCUGGAAUCAUGGCUAUCAUAGCUUGUGCUGUCACUAUGAAGCAGUAUGUGGAAUUCAAUAUUUCUCAGAAAUCUCAUAUAACAGUCAAGUACUUUAUGAAGAUGUGCAGCAGUGUCAGUGAGACCCUCAUCUUUAUCUUCUUGGGAGUCUCCACGGUCAGAGACAACCAUGAGUGGAGUUGGCCUUUUGUCUGCUUUACAGUGUUUUUCUGCCUUCUUUGGAGAGCUCUAGGAGUUCUGUUUCUGACUGCUAUUUUGAACAAGCUGAGAAUAAAUACUGUGACCUUUAAGGACCAAUUCAUCAUCGCCUAUGGCGGCCUAAGAGGAGCAAUCUGUUUCUCUCUGGUUUUUCUGCUUGAUGACUUUCCAAGGAAAAGACUUUUCAUUACUUCCACUAUAGUGGUCAUUUUGUUCACCGUGUUUAUACAGGGAAUGACAAUUAAACCUCUGGUUGAGCUGCUGGAAGUUAAGAGAACUGGGAAACCAACAAAUGUAAGCGAGGAAAUCCAUAGUCGGCUUCUGGAUCAUAUUGUGGCCGGCAUUGAAGACAUCAGCGGACACUGGGGCCAUCACUACUGGAAAGACAAAUUUGAAUAUUAUAAUAAGAAGUAUUUAAAGAGGAUUUUGGUGCGUCAAAAUAAACAGUCAAAAUCCAGCAUUGUUCAUUUCUAUGAAAAACUUGAAAAAAAGCACGCAGUCGAAUCGCCUGAUUCAGUGGUGCUGACAGAUCUGCCCAGAGAACAAAGACAACUAGAAACAUCUCCACUCCAGCUUCAACCAGGAGAGCUUGACACCAUCAAAUCUAUUCUAUCACAUAGUUUGCACCAUAUCAGGAGAAAGAACUUUCUUACUAAUAUUUAUUACUUAGGGGACCUGAGCAUCUUCCACAAACAGGCUCCUGCCUAUAGCAGGCACACUCUCCAGCCAGAUGUGAAUUCAGAUGAAAUGAAAGAGAUUCAGUUCAGGAGACAUUCCUGUCAAAGCAGACAGGACAACCAAGACAACAAUAAGCUGAAUGACACCAAUCAGAUAUAUUCAGGAUGCACAAGACAGAAGCAAUUAACCAGAUCAUGCACCAUAGGGCCAGAAUACAAAUCAGAUCAGCUCCAUCCUACAGAAGCUACUCACCCUGCUGACAGGAGCAUACAUAGGGGAGACCAUCCACCCUCAUGGACGACUGAUAAUCAGCAGGAUAAACCUAGCAUCUCUUUUGAAAAAUAA